UCUACAGUUGGCAAUUAAGUUUUGCUUUGCACUUGGGCUGUUGGUUGGACAGUCGCAGACGUUAUAUAUCUUAUUAUCAGAGUAUUUAAAUUGACAUGACAGUUGACAGACAUUACUAUACCUAAACACCUAUAAUAUAGCAGUUCAUUUCACGCGCACCAAUAGCGCACGUUUUCGUUGUUGUGUCAUCUAUAUCUAUAACUUUCGUGUGAUUACACAAAUAGACGUGCCGGACGAGCGUUAAAUCUUUGCCGUAAUCUUUUUAUAUCAUCAUUUUUGUCGAUGGAUCUACAACUACUGUUGUAUACCCUGUCAUCAAUACUACACGGAAUACUCAUUUUAUCAAUGACAACAUCGAAAUGUCUAUAAAUAGACGCAGGUGGUCCAACACUUUUCUACAAUCAAUGAGAGAAUUUUUGAGUAGAGAAGAAGGAGAAACUGAAGUCGAUCUUUGCAAAAAUAACGAGAAAACAAUGUCGGCUAAUACAUCAAGUGAUACACAUUACACUGAUGUUACUUCAACCUUUAAUUCGCCCAACAAUUUAAAUUCUUUUAGUUUAAGUGAUAAUAAAGAAGACUUUUCUUUAGCCUUCAGUAAUUUUGAUGAUAUCUUAGUAAAAAAUGAACCCUUGACAAACAUGGAUUUAAAUUUGGUUGAGAGCUGCAGUGAUAGCACAAAUUCUGACUAUUUAAGUGUAGUUAUGUCUAAUUCUGAUACUCAAACCAAUAGCAUCACUUUAAUGGAUAAAAAUAUUUCUUGCGAACCAUCAUUUUGUGAAAAUCAUACCCAACUGAUAGAGACAUCACAGUUGAGUCAUAAAGUUGAAGAUAUACAUGAUUUGAAUUCCCAAGCCAUUGCAACAUCUUGUAAUGCAAAAUUACAAACUACCGAAAUGAAGAAGGUUAAAAGUCAACUGAAUCAAAGUAUUGAGACAAUGUUUAAUGAUAACUUAAACUAUCAAAAUUACUUUUCAUCCCCAGAACUUCAGAUCAAUAAUAUUAACCAUCCCGAUGUUUGGGAUGCAUUAAUAGCACUGGAACAAGAACUAUCUCCAUUUGAUGAGCGUGACAAGACAUUACAAGAACAAGACAUUCCUCGUAUACUAAGUCGACUUUCUCAAAAGUUUAAAGAAACUCCUACAAAGUUUACUGAAAAACUAGUCUCCAUUAUUGAAGAUUCGAUUGUGGCAUCAGAAUCACCAAUCCGACAUAGUACAACCGAUACAUCUGGUAUUAGUUUAAGCAGGAUGACAGGUGAAUUCCGUAAGUUGUGUAAAUUUAUUGAAGAUGAAUCAAUGCCAGAGUGGGCUCCAUCCUUAAUAAAUGCGACUACAUUGGGUUUUGAUAAGCAUAAAUCUCCAGAUAAGAAGUCUGAUGAAAACAAAGAGAUUGCUCUAAAAAAUGUAUUGAAUCGAAUGAGCUCUGCUUCUGCUCUAAAUCAAAACACAGCAUGCAAGUUACUUGAUAGUUUAAACACACCAAAAAACAAACUAAUGUCAAACGUAUAUUCGCCGAUAAAGAAAUUCUCACCAAGUGCAGAUAAGUCGUUUGAAUACUGGGAAAAAGUCUGUGAUAUGAUGUGUGACAGCCAAAUUAAUGAUACUAAAAGAAUCAGAAGAAGUCUUUCAGUUCCAGAAUCAACAAAAAAAAGUAUGACUGAAAUGUUAACGAUUUGCGAGCGUCAAAUGGCUUCCCUGGACGACAGUAUCAUUGAUGUCAGAAAUUCGGAUCCCUGUAACAAGUUGGACAAUAAUUUGAACUUUAUACAAGCACCAAGAUCUAAAUCAGAGUGUAGACUCUCGGUUAAUCUCAAUGUUGCAAAAAAACAAAUACUUGAUGAGAAAUUCCACAAGUUAGAGUUCAAGGAAAUAUUGACUGCAAAUAACAAUCCGAAAACAAAUCUGAAUCAUAACUAUUUUGAGUCACCAGAAAAGAACGUUGAGUUGAUGGAAAAUAUGAAAAAAGAUUGUCACAAUUUCCUCAAUACUAGUCAAUCAUGCGAAUAUAGAGAGAAUGACGCUACUAAUGAUGAGGAUCAAGAUUGCUCUUUUCUGAUUGAAUUGGCCAAAAGACGGCAGAGGUGUUUAGAUACUGCAAAACUAAUGAUGGAAAUAGAUCAAGAAGAUCCAAGCCCGAGCAGUGACAACAAGUGUCUGGAAACAUUGUAUAAAUUAGGCGUGCAAGAUAAAACUUUAAUCGACAACAAAGAAGAUGCAACCUUUUUAAAUACAUUGGGACACUGCUUUGAGUACAAGAAAUACUUCCGUGACAAAAGUGAGCCACUUUUGAAAGUUUUGCAAAACAUUUGUUCUCCUAAAGCGACUACAGUAGAGCCGAGAAAAUUGUCAAGCCACCUGAAACCCCGUACUCCAGCUCCAAACAAUUUUUAUCAACAACAGCAGCAGCCAGUUUCAGCCAAAAUAAAAAGCACGCUACACUCAGAGUCGAAAUGCCGCUCUACAAGUUUGCACGAUAUUGCAAAAACUCCUAGGCUUGCACCAAAAGCCCUUUCGAAAACUUCACAAAAGUUAAAUAGCACACCCUCGCUUAAGAGAACACCGUGUAUUGAAAAAAAAACCCUACCUUUGUCAAACUCGCAACAAGUGAGCAAACCAAUAGCUGGUAAGAAGAUUCUUUCAAGGUUAGCACCCAAGCAACAGCAGCAAAAUUCACAAACAGUUAAAAACAAUUCUUUGAAGCAGCAGCAUGUUCCAUGUAAAAAAGUUAAAGCUCCGUUGGUAAAAUCUUCUCGGAUGGACCAAAAAGCAAUCAAUUUGCAACCUGCAGAAAACUGUAGCUCAAAAAUUUUAGUCAACAAACCAAUCAAAUUAGGUGAUGAGCAAGUUGUGCUAAAAACAACGAAUACAAAAACUCCGGUCCCUACCUUGCAAGAACAACAGCAGCAACACGCUCAGUACAAAAAAGUUAAGACUCCACUAGAAAAGACGCCCAGAUUGGAUAAAAAAGUCAUUGACGUGAAAACUACAGAAAAGUUGAGCCCAAAAAUUUUAGUCGAUAAAGCAAUCGAGCAGUUAGGCAAUAAACAAGUUGCAUCAAAAACGCCAAAGGAUACGCAGUUUAUGAAAACUCCGGUCAGUACCAACGACAAAAAUGACAUGGAGACAGGCUGUCCAAAUAACCUGUUGGUGUGUUCAACUCAAGAGUUGCCGCUCAAGCCACGUUAUUUCUUAACUCCUGGCAAAACUCCGACUAGUUCUGUUCUACCCAGAAAAAAGCCAAAAAAGCCGUACUUCUCGGAUUUUACCAUAGAUAAGCCAGUUGCACUAAAUUCUUGCUACGACGGUAUCAAGUCACCAAUCAACAUGUAUAUUCAUGGUAUGGAUAGCGAUUUAAUACAGAAUGUCAAGGGCCGAACCGAGGACUUGCUACUCACACCUAUAUCAAAUCAAGAUAAUGGCAAAAGUCCCAGGCUUAGGAUGAAGUUAUCGCCAUCAAAAGAAAACAAGUCCCCCUUCACUUAUUCUGAUGAGAACAAAAUAUCAACAAUACGAUACCAAUCGGCCGAUAAAGUUCGUUUGAUCGACGACAAGUUGUCAUAUUCACCUUGUUCAUUAACACCAAAUUCAAGAACAAAAAAGUUGCUAGAACCUAUCGAAAAUACAGUUGUCAUUCGACACGAAGGGCGUGUUAUUGAAUACAACCGUACAUCAGAUCAAUCAAACUCAGAAACUUCAAUAAGAGUUCAAAAGAUGGCUGAAAAAACACCAACUAAACAUACAAAGUGUACAUAAAGUUAUGUAAAUCAAAACUUUUUGAGUAUUGUGUUACUUGUAAAAGAUUAAAAGAUUAACAUUUACUCGAUAGAUAAUAACGUUAUAAGAACGAAACACUUAACAAUUUUAUAUUAAACUUUUUUACUGUAUAGUAUUUACAACGAAGUGUUUUAAUAUUACAUUACAUG